UAUCUGUAUUUUCAGCGAUCCCUGUUUUAUAUUUAUUUAUGUUUAUGAGAAUUUUGUUAGUUCAAUAAUUUCAGAAUGAAAAAGCUCAUACAUUACCUCAUCAACAAGGUGUUUUUUUAGGUUUAGCUCCGUUAGCUCCGCAUCCCUUCAGUUCAACACACCAAACGGGCAGUUUUGAUAAACAUGAACGCAUUGAAUCAAAGGACCCAGUGAACAACUAUACGACUCCGAAUAAAGACUUUUUAUAUGAAAUCAUAGCCGUAAACUACACGGAUAUGUGUUUAGUACGACUGAAUGUUUGAUGACGUGAGGAGAUCUGACGGUUGAAGCCAGGCGUUUUCUUUAUUGUGAAAUUUUAAGGAUCCACAAAGAUGAAAGCCAAAAAGAAGAGGCAGGAUGAUUUCCAAAAAGUCAAGCUAAAAGUGGGAAAGAAGAAGCCCAGGGCCGACAAUGCCACAAACACUACCUUUCGCACAAGAGGCAUCUGUCUGCCGGAACAGUUAAAGAGAGACACAAGUGGCCCCACAACUCACCGACAGCUGGGCAUUAAUGAGCUCCUGUCUCAGCUGCACCAUUACAGUGCCAAUGUGAAACACGGUGCCCUGUUGGGGUUGAAAGAGCUGCUGUCUCUGAGUCCCUCUCUGUUGGAGCAGCAUCUUUCCCGCCUGCUCUCUGAAGUGGCAGCUGUUCUCACGGACAAGGAUGGAAAUGUUCGUGUGGCAGCGACCCGGGUUCUCAGGUUUGUGGCACAGUCUGUGCCAGCAGAACGAGUGGCUCCGUUUUUUCCCCUCCUCAGCGCUCACCUGUCCUGUGCUAUGACCCACAUUGAGCCAGGCAUCCAAGAGGACGCCAUGAAUGUCCUGGACAUCUUCUUGGAACAUUACCCCUCUCUGUUGGCCUCUCGGCCUGCGGUUCUCCUCACCAACUUCCUGGAGCUGAUCUCUCACAGGCAGAGCUCUGGAGGACCCAGAAAGGCUCAGGACGCCAGGGGGCGAACCUGGACGCUCUCGAUCCACCCAGACAGGAGCAUGACCAGCCAGCAGUGGCGGCUCUCUGUUCUCCUUAGACUUGGACAUUUUUUGCAAGCGGUUGUUGAGGAAAGACCAACAGAGGAGGGUGACCUGUCAGUACGAACCGAGGGAGUGUUUGGUUCAAGUGGAAAGAGCCAUCUUACCCCUCUGAAUCUGAACUGGGAGGAGCUAAUUUGCAAAAAGAUUGACGUUAAAGUGUAUGAAAAUUCUGGGGCCAAACCAACUCCCCACUCCACCUUUAAACUCAGACCAGAGGUGGACCCUGGCGGUGUGGGAAGUGAAGGUCUGGACUCAGCCGAGACCGUGCAGAGCUUCGCAGGUACACUGGUACCUCUGCUGCUGGAGGUUUGGGUGGAAGCCUGCGCUGAAGACUGCACCUGGAACACCACAGAGGGCGCCUACCUGCUCACACCUGACGCCAUGUCAGUAAUGUUCCAGGUUUUAUCUAUUCUGCAGCUGCUUAGAAAACUCCCCACCCAGCGGGAGAACCUGGAUGCACUGGAUACGUGGUUCCGUAAGGAAUAUCUGGGAGAUUUUAAGCAACACUUCAUGAAAAACUUUCCUUAUGGUCUACGGGACACACCAAAACAUAAGAAGAAAGUUGAUCUCAAAAGGAGCAAACAGACGGUGGCUCUCCCUGCUCCCACCGUGGAGCCCCUGGCCUUAAACAUCACGCUUUGCCAGGUCAUGGUGUCCCUCAGCCAGAAGCAGGGUCCUGGUCAUGAGGCCGACGGAGACUGGCUGUCACCGCUGAGAGCUUUUGUGCGGGACACCCUGGGGAACGGUGUGAAGCUGAGCUACAGGCAGCUACACAUGCUGCUGGGCACCGUGUGGAAGAUGGUGCUCACACAGAGGAGCAGAGCAGUGACAGAGGAGCUGCUGGCAGCUGUUUAUAUCUACUAUAAGCAGAAGAACCUGCCGCUACAGACCAGAUCUCUGCUGCUCUCCUUCUACAGCAAACUCUACUUGCAGGAGCAAGGACACACACACAUCGCCAGGAGCAAGGUGCUUUGUCAAUGGCUGGCCUCUCUUCCUGUGCAGUUGUCCCAGCUGGGCCACCGUAACCCAGCUCUAUCUGCUCAGCUGAUCGUUUCCAUCCAGGCCGCAGCUUCUCGUGGAAAUAAAGACCUUCUCAACAGUCUGCAGACAUACGCCUGCAGGCUCUACGAUCCUCAGGAUGGAGUUGUGGUGCUGUUACCAGCAGAGUCCCAGCAGCAAAUGGUGCAGCUGCUCUACUUCCUCCCCAGGAUCCCCCAGCUUCUCCUGGCCAAUCUGAGCGGCUGCUGCAGCGCCGGACGCAUCUCUGCGGGCCUCGCUGCCUCUCUCAUCCGUAUCCUACACUUUAGGUCCUCUCUCAGCGGCUGGUCAGCUGGGAGCCAGGAAGCAGCCCUGCAGGACGUCGACUACAUCAGCUUCCUGUUCUCAACCCUCACGGGCUUCUCGUCCGAACACCUCUCGGCCCUGCAGGAGGACGAGACCGCCCUGCUUCCCUCCCCGCUCUCACCCCUGUGCCUCUACCAAACGCCGCUGGAGCAGUUCACACACCACUGGGAUAUUGUUGAGGAGGUGUGCCACUGUCUGGAAACUAUCGGAUCGAAAUCUCAAAGCUUUGACAUUCUGCAAAAUGGCAUUUUCAGAUACCUGAUGAAGUUAGAGGUGGUUCCAGACAGCAUGGCAGCCGGGCUGCUGAGAGCCGUUUCCAGAUUAUUAGAUCUGUCCACCCUGCCCGUUGAGCAGGUGCUGCGUUUCUUGUCUCAGUGCUGCCUCAGCUUGCUGGUGCUCCUUGUCUUCCUGCAGCAGCAUGCCCCCAUGGAAACCAACCACAAAAGGGAGGCAAUCUGGAGUUCCUGUGUGAAGGCACUCAGCAGCAUUCCUCGCCUGCUGCGGAUCGUUCUGCAGUCGAUGCAUGUAGGAGACCUCAGCGCGGAGGAGCUGCCACAGUUCGGGCAGAUCCUCUCCAUGCUGCUGCAGCACACACCGCUGCACAACCAGCUGCUGGCCAAUGCCGUGCUGCUGCAAGAGCUCAUCCAGAAUCUGACGAGGUACUCCCGGGGAGCCCCCAGAGAGCAGUGGCUGACAGAUUUGCUCUACUGUUACAGCAUCACCGUGGCUCAUGGCUCUUCUGCACACCGUGGAAGUAUGACCCUCAGAGACAUGUACUAACUCCAUUCAUUCAGCCGUGACGGUGUCAAAAAACCCAACUUUACUUAGCUAAAGGCAUUUUUUUUACUCCCAUGUUCGCACCUUCUGUUGUGUGUCUGUUCUCUAAGUAAUGUUUUCCCAGUCUUUAAUAAAACGCAGGAAAACCAAGAAAAACAGAAUAAAGGCAAAUAAAAGUCAAAAUGAA